UUUUACACCUUCACUCUCGUUUUAGGAAGGAAAAAAAAGAUUCAAAAACCUUUUGGUUUUCCGCAGUGAGAGACAGCAAGUUUUGGAAUUGAACUGAAUCCGAAAACAAGAAUGGAAACGACAUCGUUUCCUUCAACGCCUCGCUGGAACGUCGACCGUCCUUUCCUCAGCGGCCGAUUCCACCAGGAAACGAAAGGCACCUCUCGCUUCGCCGACUCCUUCAGUAACACCGGAGUUGAAAAUGCCAUCGGCUGUUACGACGUGGGAGUUCAAGAGCUUAUUGUGAUAGAUGAUCUGCUGAGUGCAUUGGUUGGAAUUGAAGGGAGAUACAUUUCAAUUAAAAGAAGAAUCAAUAAUGCUCAUGGAAAUGAUGUUAUUAAUAAUAAUUAUGUUGAUUUUUUUGUGGCUUUCCACGUUGAUCCGUCAAUGGAUUUGGCUCUGCAGGAAAUGGCGAAACGGAUAUUUCCAUUGUGUGAGAGCUUUGUUUUGAUAGACCAGUUUGUUGAGUCGAGGUCACAGUUCAAGAAUGGUUUAGUUAAUCAUGCCUUUGCCGCCAGUCUCAGGGCUUUCCUUCUAGAUUAUCAGGCCAUGGUAGCUCAACUUGAACACCAGUUUCGACUUGGAAGACUGUCUGUGCAAGGAUUGUGGUUUUACUGUCAGCCAAUUAUGGGGUCAAUGCUAGCAUUGUCUACUGUAAUACACAAAGCUUCAGCAAAUAAUUCUGUGGGUUCUGCAGUUUUGAACCUUUUGCAGAGCCAGGCAAAGGCAAUGGCCGGUGAUAAUACUGUGAGGUCUUUGCUAGAAAAGAUGACUCAAUGUGCAAGCAAUGCAUAUCUGGGCAUAUUAGAAAGGUGGGUCUAUGAAGGAGUGAUUGAUGAUCCUUAUGGUGAAUUCUUCAUUGCUGAGAAUAAGUCUCUUCAAAAGGAGAGUCUCACUCAGGAUUAUGAUGCUAAGUAUUGGAGGCAGCGUUACAGCCUAAAGGAUGGAAUUCCUACCUUCCUUGCUAAUAUAGCUGGAACAAUUUUGACCACAGGGAAAUUUUUAAAUGUGAUGAGAGAAUGUGGUCACGGUGUUCAGGUCCCUGUGUCAGAGAAUUCUAAAUUAAUGAGCUUUGGCACAAACCACCAUUAUCGUGAGUGUAUAAAAGCUGCAUAUGACUUUGCCAGUGCUGAACUCUUAAAUCUAAUUAAAGAAAAGUAUGAUCUCAUGGGAAAGCUACGGUCUAUAAAGCACUAUCUCCUUCUUGAUCAGGGUGAUUUCUUGGUUCAUUUUAUGGAUAUAGCUCGAGAGGAGCUCACAAAAAAGCUUGAUGAGAUUAAUGUGGAAAAGCUUCAGUCUCUGUUAGACCUUGCUUUGCGUUCUACAGCUGCUGCAGCCGAUCCUUGUCAUGAGGACUUAACUUGUUGUGUGGAAAGACAAUCUUUGCUUAAAAGAAUGACUACAUUCAAAGAUCUUCAGAUUAGGGCUUUCUCAGGUAGUAAUGAUCUAGAGGAACCAGUCAGCAUUACUGGUCUUGAGACAUUUUCAUUGAGUUACAAGGUUCAAUGGCCAUUAUCUAUUGUUAUAUCAAGAAAAGCGCUUACAAAAUACCAGUUAUUAUUUCGCCUUCUUUUUCACUGUAAGCAUGUAGAGCGUCAGCUUUGUGGGGCCUGGCAAGUGCACCAAGGAAUUCGUGCCUUUAAUACAAAUGGAACUGCCAUUUCUAGAUCAUCUCUUCUCUGUCGUAGCAUGCUUAAAUUUAUAAGUAGCUUUCUACAUUAUCUAACAUUUGAGGUUAUUGAACCCAAUUCGCAUGUGAUGCAUAGCAGACUUCAGACUGCAAAGAGCAUAGAUGAGGUUAUCCAACAUCAUGAUUUUUUCCUCGACAAGUGUCUAAGAGAAUGCUUGCUACUUUCACCUGAACUUGUCAAGAAGGUGGAGAAGUUGAAAUCAUUGUGCCUGCAGUAUGCAGCGGCAACUCAAUGGCUAAUAUCGUCUUCUAUUGACAUUCCCAAGCUGGAUGAUUCCUCUGAUGGUUUGUUAGGGUCCGAAAAGUUAAAGCCAUUGAAGCUACGAAGCCCCUCUCAGGCACAAAAAGUCAUGAUUAAAGACCCCACGGUCACUGAGUCUGUCCUCAAGUUCGAGCGGGAGUUCAAUGCCGAGCUUCAGAGUCUGGGACCAAUCUUGAGCAGUGGCUCCCAAGCAGAGCCUUAUAUGACUCAUCUUGCACAGCUGAUUCUUGGUGUUGGAAAUGAUAAGUAAGUUCGUAUUACCUCUCCCACUCUUACCUUAUGACGCACUGGAUGAUAUGAACUCACUGUGAAUAUACUUGCCACACAACUUUUAUUCUUUGAGUGCCUCUCUCACAACUUUUUAUUCUUGAAUUGUCGAGAAAAAAAAAACCAUCAAGUGUGUUCUUAAUUUUUCGUUGUUAAAGUUGACUAGGUAGUGUUUUGCUGUGAGUGAAGCCAUUUGUUGAGCGACAGCUUGAAAUUCUGGAAUGUUACCAUCUUGUGAGAUUGUAAUUUGCUUGUACCUAGAUUUGAUGUGCAAUAGAAAAUUUAUGUUAAAAGCAA